AAUCUGAAUAGUUCAAAAUUGACAAUUAUAGUCAUCAUCAUCAAUGUUUCUUCAAUUAUUGAUCGAUUGCGAAUCCGCGUUUUAUGCUGUUCACUCUAUGUCGUAAAAUAUCAGUAUAACAGACGUGUUUAUGGCAGAAAUGGAGCAUGCUGGUGAAAAUAACAUAAUGUUAAAAGAAAUUAAAACUGAUUUACCAGAUGUCGAAUCCUCCAGCAGGAGUCUUGAUUUUGCUAGAAAUUCCAGUAUAGAUCUAGCUUCACUAAAUAACAAGAUAGUGAACAUGCGGUCAUCAGUUCGUCAAUCUAAAGUGAGAGUCAUUCAUAAGUUGACGAGAAAUAUUGAGAUGCUUAGAAAGAAAAAGGGCUCUGAGAAGCAGCUGGAAAAGUUAAAGGCCAAAUCAGAAAGAUUACUGGAAGAAAUUAGAGUUAUAAAGGCUGUGAAUCUGGAUAAAGUUUCUAAAUAUGCUUUGUGGAAUACUUCUACCCUGGAUGAAAUAUGUAAGCAACCAACAUCCAGCAUUCAGUCCAGGGCUUUGACUCGAUUGGCAGAAUGCAGCAUUAUACAAGACAAGGUGAAAGCUUUUCGCAGUUGCCAUAGAGACUGGAAGUCCCUCGCGGCUUAUCUCGUAAUGAAACAGAGUGGUCGCCGAUACAAGAAAAAGAAAAAUCGCGACAUGAAGAGUGCCGAGGUUGAAACGACCAACAUAAAAGCAAGACAGAUAAUGACUGAUACGUAUCUGCAGCGAAAGCUUGUGGAAGGUGAGGAUGAUCUUCCAACAACAGUUGACUGGGGAGAAAAUAAUAAUUUAUUUAGUGAUAGAGUGACCGGGGAUCAGGAAGGUGUGGGAACUAGAAGUUCUGAUGAUGAAAAAGAUGAAUCAGUAAGCAGUCAAUUUACAAAACAUAAAGAUGAAUUACCCAAAAAGGAAGUGGGUGAUAUAAAUUCUAACAAAUCUGUUUGUCUGACAAAGCGUCUGCUUAAGUUUUUCCCUGAUAAGACAAAAGAAUCAGAUUCUGAGGAGUCCAACUCAUUGGAUGGUGCAGACGUGAACUCUGAUGGUGAACAUUGCAGUGCUGAAAACACUAAAGAUGAAACUGUCAUGUCUAAGACAAAACCUGUUACAAAGAGACAGUCUGAACCAACAGUUUGUGAUGCUGUCAAGAAUGUUCACCUUACAAGUUCAGACAGCAAGAAUGAAAAGUUGUGUAAGGACAAACUUGUUUCAAAGAGACAGUCUGAUUCAUCCAUACUUGGCACUGCAUGGACAUAUUCAGAUGAUAAUACAGAUGGACAUUCAGAAAUUGAAAACAACAGUGGUAAACAUUUGAAGUUGAAAGACAAACUUUCAAAAAGGAAAUCUGAUUCAAGAGUUCUUCAUAGUAGCAAGAGUGGUGGACAUAAAUGUUCAGACAAUACCUCAGACAGUCAUUCUGAAGUAGUAAACAUCAAAAGUAAAAAUUUGGUGUCUGAGGACAAACUGGUUUCGAAGGUGACCAGGGAUUCAACAGUUCAUAAGAGUGAUAAAAGUAGUAAACGUACAGAUCUUAGCAAGGGCAAGAGUUUAGUGAGUGAUGAUGAAAGUUUUGAAAGUGACUGUCGAGAUGAUGGUUCUGAUUCUGAGUCAAUUAGUGACCAUGAUUCUGAUCACACUAAAGAAGAAGACGAAGAAGAAGAUGAUGACAUGGCAGAGGUCUGUGUUAAGAAACAACAGCUGAAACAGACAGAACUAAAGAACAAAGUCAACCUUCCAUCUACUGACUCCACUAUCAGUAAGGAAAUGGUGAUUAAGAAACUAAAUAUGGACACCUUGAGCGAUGAUAUUGAUGAAGAAGAGACCAAUCUUGCAGAGGAUUUUCCAGAUUUUCUGAUAGGUGAAACACAAGAGUCUUCUCUGAAGAAAAGAAAAAAGGAUCCAUUUUUUGUAUCCAGUGAUGUUGAAGAGGAUGAUGAUAUAAAGAAGGGAGAUAAUUCAGUUGAAGUUGAAGAACAAGGAGGAGUGAGUGAUGAAGAACUUGCUAAUUAUGAACACAUCCAGAAAGCAAGACAUGCAUUCAAGUCUGAUUUUGUGGACAAACUUGGCAGCAAGGGUUACAGAAGAUAUGACUGGACUCGAGGGGGAGCUGGAGGGUCUACACAUGCGAGGUACUCAAAGCGAGGCAGCAUGACUCGAGGGGGAGGACGGUUUAGUGAAAACCGAGAAGGUCAUUCAUCAACGUUUCAGAGACAGAAUACUGGGAGUUGCUGGGAGAAAGAAAAGAGCAACUUUAACUCUCAGAAUCGGCAACCCGGUCGUGGUGGUUCAAGUGACAGGAGAAUUGACCAUCAAGGAAGAGGAGGUUCAUCAAUGUCUAGCCAAGCUGGUGGUGAAGUUCUACAUCCAUCAUGGGAAGCAAGCAAGAAACGCAAGGAUCAAGUCACCAUUCAUGCAUACCAAGGGAAGAAAAUCAAAUUCAAUGACUAAUUAUUCCUCAGUAACAAAUAAAAUCUUAAAAUAAAUUAUAUCCUAUA